AGGUCCCUUCCCCAGCCUCAGUUUGCAGCCGCCUCGGUCAGGGAGCUCCUCUGUCCCCACUGAGCCUGUGAGUGACCCCCUUGGUAGAGGAGCCAGAGCCAUGUGGAGUCUCGGGGCCCCGUUUGUGCUGCUGACCGCCUGCCUGGCGGUGAGUGCCAACCCUGUGCCCACGCUGCCGGACAACAUCCAAGUGCAAGAGAACUUCGACGUGUCCAGGUUCUACGGGAAAUGGUUCCACGUGGCCAUAGGCUCCACCUGCCCCUGGCUGGUGCGGUUCAAGGACAGGCUGACCGUGAGCACGCUGCUGCUGAGAGAGGGAGCGACCGAGAGGCAGAUCAGCACGACCAUUACUCGUUGGCGGAGAGGCGUCUGUGAGGAACUCUCUGGGACUUACGAGAAGACAGACACCGAGGGGAAGUUCCUCUAUCACAAAUCCAAAUGGAACAUCAGCAUCGAGUCCUAUGUGGUCCACACCAACUACGAUGAGUAUGCCAUUAUUCUGAGCAAGAAAUUCAGCCGCCGCCACGGACCCACGAUUACUGCCAAGCUCUACGGGCGGGGGCCACAGCUCCGGGAGAGCCUGCUGCAGGAGUUCAGGGAGGUCGCCCUGGGUGUGGGCAUCCCCGAGGACUCUAUCUACACCAUGGCCAACAGAGGAGAGUGUGUCCCUGGGGAGCAGGAACCAGGUCCCACUUCACCCCCAUUUCCCGUCGCCGUUGGCACUGGCACCUUCAACGGCCCCUACGAGCCUGCAGGAGGACAAAGAGCCCGGCGGGCUGUGCUGCCCCAGGAACAGGAAGGAUCAGGGGCUGGGCAACUGGUAACUGGUUUAACAAAGAAAGAAGAUGCCUGCCAACUGGGCUACGCAGAAGGUCCUUGCCUGGGGAUGGUCAGGAGAUAUUUCUAUAACGGCUCCUCCAUGGCCUGUGAGCCUUUCCAAUAUGGAGGCUGCCUAGGCAACGGCAACAACUUUGUCUCGGAGAAGGAGUGUCUGCAGACCUGCAGAACCGUGGCGGCCUGCAACCUCCCCAUAGUCCCCGGGCCCUGCCGAGCCUUCAUCGAGCUCUGGGCGUUCGAUGCCCUGCAGGGGAAGUGCAUCCGAUUUCAAUAUGGGGGCUGCCAAGGCAACGGCAACAAGUUCUACUCCGAGAAGGAGUGCAAGGAGUACUGCGGCGUCCCUGGCGACGGAGACGAGGAGCUGCUGCGCUUCAACAACUGACCGGUCCAAGGCCAGUGGUCCAGGCCAGAGGACGGCGGGGAGGCUGCGGGCCAGUGUCUGCCCCCGGGCUCCACGAGGGAC